CCCUACCUGUGGUCACAUUAAAUGCCUCUGGAACUGAAGAAACCUGAGGUGUGGGGGAAUGAAAAGCAGAUACAAAUCACUUGGAUUCAGGCGAGUUUACUUUGCUCCGUGGGAACUGCACCAGCGCUGGAGGUUAGCACCGUGCAAGGAGAUAGUAACAUAUCCAGUCGUGAAACUGGGAAAGGCCAGAACUCUCAGAUCCGGGAAACAUGUCCCGUCGGAAACAAACAAAUCCAAACAAAGUUCACUGGGAUCAAGUAUUUGCUGGGCUAGAAGAGCAAGCCCGCCAGGCGAUGAUGAAAACUGAUUUCCCUGGAGAACUUGGCAGUCAGCGACAAGCUAUCCAACAACUAAGAGAUCAGGACUCCAGUAGCAGUGACAGUGAGGGUGAUGAAGAGGAGACCACACAGGAUGAAGUCUCUUCCCACACGUCAGAGGAAGAUGGAGGAGUGAUCAAAGUGGAAAAAGAGUUAGAAAGCACAGAGCAGUCUGUUGGUGGGAACGAAGUGGUAGAACACAAGGUCACAGAGAAUUUAAAUUCUGACCCCUUGCUUGAACUCUGCCAGUGUCCUCUUUGCCAGCUGGACUGUGGGAGUCGCGAGCAGCUGAUUGCUCAUGUGUACCAGCACACUGCAGCAGUGGUGAGUGCCAAGAGCUACAUGUGUCCCGUCUGUGGCCGGGCUCUUAGCUCCCCAGGAUCACUGGGUCGCCACCUCCUAAUCCACUCGGAGGACCAGCGGUCUAACUGUGCUGUAUGUGGAGCCCGUUUCACCAGCCAUGCCACUUUUAACAGCGAGAAACUUCCUGAAGUACUUAAUAUGGAAUCCCUACCCCCAGCCCACAAUGAGGGCCCCUCCAGUGCUGAGGGGAAGGACAUUGCCUUUAGUCCUCCAGUGUACCCUGCUGGAAUUCUGCUUGUGUGCAACAACUGUGCUGCCUACCGGAAGCUACUGGAAGCCCAGACCCCCAGUGUACGCAAAUGGGCCCUACGUCGACAGAAUGAGCCUUUGGAAGUACGCCUACAGCGGCUGGAACGAGAGCGCACAGCCAAGAAGAGCCGGCGGGACAAUGAGACCCCUGAGGAGCGGGAGGUGAGGCGCAUGAGGGACCGCGAGGCCAAGCGCUUGCAGCGUAUGCAGGAGACAGAUGAGCAGCGGGCACGCAGGCUGCAGCGGGAUCGAGAAGCUAUGAGGCUGAAGCGGGCCAAUGAAACCCCAGAGAAGCGGCAGGCCAGACUCAUCCGAGAGCGAGAGGCCAAGCGGCUCAAAAGGAGGCUAGAAAAAAUGGACAUGAUGUUGCGUGCACAGUUUGGCCAGGACCCUUCUGCCAUGGCGGCCUUAGCAGCAGAAAUGAACUUCUUCCAGCUACCUGUAAGUGGGGUGGAGUUGGACAGCCAGCUUCUGGGCAAGAUGGCCUUUGAAGAACAGAACAACAGCUCUCUGCACUGAACCACACCCUUCUGCCUGCAGCCCUACCCACCCACCCACCCACACCCACAGGGAUUAGCGCUGUGGCCACCCACAAGGCCCUGUCUGCUGUCAGAGGCAGGCCUGGUGUGUUGCAGGUGGGCCUGUGUAUCUCUUGCAUGUGGGAAGGAACAGGAUGACGUGGUCGGAGGGACCUGGCUCAAGGCAGCUCUGGACAGGGAGCAGGCACUCCAGAGAACUGAACUCCCCAGAGAAAUGGACUCCCCAGUCCACUGUGGCUGGUCAUGCCUUUAAGACCAUGGGGCCCCAGUGUGGCCUAUGAAGUUGU